GAAAAUAUGACACGCAUUCAUGAGAAGCCAUUGAUCAGGCUCAACGUUUCAUAUUCAGAAUCACACCUUUUCCUCAUUCGAUCAUCUUAGUUUUUCAGCUUGACAUUGUACUUUGGAAGCAAUGUAUGCUCUUCGUCUGCGAAAUCCCCACACCAAUCCAAGAAUUUUCAUCAAAUCUUUUUAUCCCGAAACGACCUAUUUUGUUGUCCCCAGGCAGUUUGAACAACAUUUUGGUAAUGAAAUCAAUGAUGUUGUUCAGUUGGAAGACCCAAUUGGUAACACCUUUAACGUCGCUUACUAUUACAACCAAGGCGACUAUAGAAUUGGGGCUGGUCUUUUUCGGUUGCGCUUUCUUCACGAAAUUCAAACAACUAUGACGGUGCACUUUAUCUAUUCUGGCCAGUGUAAAUUCUAUAUACAAAUAUAUGACGCAUUUAGCAGGGAGAUUCAUUACAAUAUUGAUCCUCGAAGGCUGCCGCCCUUAAAUCUGAUCAUUGUUAAUCCACAAGACAAUGAUGAUGUUGAUGAUUCAUCAGAUGAUGAGUCUGAUGAAGAAGUUGAACCAGCCCCAUGGAUGGAGAAGAUAUGGAAAUCCAAUAUUACUUCUGAACACAUAUAUCACAAUGAAUCUAUGAUUUGUGUAAUGAGCUUCCAGAUGAAUCAAUUACACAAUGGCACAUUACAUGGCAUCCUCCACACAUUGCAAAUCAAAAUGCGCCUACCAAUGGUGGGAUGACUGGCGAGAUAGCUGGAGGGUGCUGCGACUUCUAUAGGACUGAUUACAUUAGGAAUGGCAGUAGCGGUCGAGUACACAGGAUUGAACUGUGGGAGCAUUCUGAUUUUCCCAAUUACUCAGUUGAUGUUUAUGUUGUGUAAUUUUAGUUCUGGUUUAAUCCAUAGUCCUUACUUAUGUCCCUUUUACUUUUGAAUUCUAAGGUUGUUUGUUUGUUUUAUUAAGUAAUGUGUACAAUAGUCUACUUUAAGUGAUUUCCAUAGACAAUCCUCAAUAUGUUCAUAUUUCAAUUUUUAGCAAGUUUUGUGACGUGGGAUAUGUUGAACAUUUUGUUGUUAAUCAAGGUUAAGG